AUAAACCGCUCUCUUAAAAGUUAAUAGAUUUUGUAAAAUUAGAAAUAAGAUAUUCUUUUAAUAUUUGUAAGAAAUUUUCACAUAUUACACUUUUAAUCAAAGACAAUUGCAAACUUAGAACAUCAGAACAUAUGUAGUCGUAAGACCUCGUCUUCUCUGUACAGUUAAUAGACUUUGUAAAACUGUUGGUGAAACUGUUGCAAGAUCCUUUCUUAAUUUAUACAGAGGAAGUGUUAUCCAGUAGUAUCUUGGCUUCACUGCAGAUAUUUUUCCACUAAGUAAUACAUUUCUUUGCCUUUGUUUUUGGAUAGAAGUCAUUUAUCAUGAACAGGACCCCUGCACUCUGUCCACGGACAAUGAUGGUAACCAGUGGUCCUCUUUAUCAUCUUACUUUAUCCAGUAAAAAUGGGACAUUGGAUGAUGAGCCAGAUACUGAUGCACCAUAUGACUAUUUUGACUACUAUGCUGGAUAUGUUGAUUUGUCUGGAUUUUCCUGUGUUUAUGAAGUUCAUGGAGCUUUCAUUCUUCCUGUGCUAUACUCCCUGUUUUUUGUGGUGGGCUUUCUGGGUAACAUAAUGGUGAUCUGGGUGGUUUUGAUGGGUGUGAAGCUUAGAAGUAUGACUGACAUCUGUAUUCUGAACCUGGGUUUAGCUGACCUGCUCUUGGUCUGCUCCCUCCCCUUCCUGGCGCACUAUGCCAGAGACCAGUGGAUCUUUGGAGAUGUUAUGUGCACUAUGGUCCUCAGUGUCUACCACAUUGGAUUCUAUAGUGGGAUAUUCUUUAUUGUACUGAUGAGUGUUGAUCGGUACUUAGCUGUUGUUCAUGCUGUGUUUGCCCUGAGAGUCAGAACAAGGACAUGUGGGAUCUCAGCAAGUGUGGUCACAUGGAUUGUUGCUGUUUCUGCAUCCUUUCCUGAGUUGAUGCACCUAAAAACCACAGAAAACAAUGAACAAAAAUACUGCAUAUCUUACCCAACAAAUGAUAAAAAUUCUUACCUUUCUUCAAGGACUUUUGGUAUCUUGAAAAUGAAUGUUAUGGGUUUAAUUCUCCCUCUUAUUGUGAUUGGAUUUUGUUACUCAAUGGUUUUAAAGAAACUCCUGACAGCUCACUCUACCAGGAAGCAGUCCAUGCACCUUGUCAUCACGCUGAUGGUGGUCUUCUUCUGCUGUUGGGCUCCAUACAAUGUCACAGCUUUUGUGAAAGCCUUGGAAAUGAAUGAGCUCAUAACUCAAUCUUGUGACAGCAGCAAGGCAAUCAAUCUAAGUCUGCAAAUCACAGAAGCUUUGGCUUAUUCACACAGUUGCCUGAACCCCAUUUUCUAUGUGUUUGUGAGAGAGAGAUUUAGAAGGCAUCUUUUCAAACUCCUGAACAGGACACCUUGGACUAGACUGCAAUUCGUACAGAACUACAUUACACAGGCCACUGUAUCAGUUUACUCACACAGCACCAAUGAUGAGAGAACUAGUACAAUAGUUUAAAUUGGGAAAAGACAGUCAAAAAGAAUUUUUAAAUGCAGGGCUGUCCUUAGAGCAGUGCAAUUGGUGCGGCCGCACCAGGCCCCAUGGCAAAUAGACCGAGGGGGAACCACCACACACCAUGAAUGGGAACACGAAUGUUCCUGAACUGCUCCUUACCUCGCACUGGGCCUGCGCCAACUUGGGACAGCCCUGUUUAAAUUUAUAUACUAAUUUGUUUUUAAUCUACCAGCAUUGAUGUAGAUAUUUUAAAAGUUGGGGAACUCUGCACCUAUAGUGUUUUGUAUUUGGGGGAGAUGUAAAUUCAUCUAGUUUACCACUUGCAACCCCAUGGCCCUUUCACCUUUCACACCAAACGUCAGGGCCACAAUUGCUACUAGUGUUGACAUCCCUGUAUGUUUUCAUUUAUAGUAUUUUUUUAUUUGUUUCAAAAUUAUUCAUGUUUGUGUGUGUGUGUGUGUGUGUGUGUGUGUGUGUGUGUGUGUGUGUGUGU